GCGCAGGCGCGUAGUGUCCCGCGGUGGGCGCCAGGGCAGCUAGGCUCCUGCCUUCUCCCACCGCGGGCGCGCGGUUCCCGGCGGGCCAACGGUGGCCAGCCGAGGCCGAGACGACCCAGGGUGUCCUUAGCGUCCCGCUGCACCGCGACAGCCGCGCUGAUCGUGUUCCUUGGGGGAGACUUCGACUUGUUCGAGACCUGAUGGCCAAAAGAAAGGAAGAAAAUUUCUUCUCUCCUGAAAAUGCCAAAAGACCAAGACAAGAAGAGUUGGAUGACUUUGACAAAGAUGGUGAUGAAGAUGAAUGUACGGUUUCUUUCACAAAUGGUACCUCUACUUUGACUGCAGCAGAAGUUGGAAUAAUUGAGAGUAUUCAGCUAAGAAACUUCAUGUGUCAUUCGAUGCUUGGACCCUUUAAGUUUGGUUCCAAUGUCAACUUUGUUGUUGGCAACAAUGGAAGUGGGAAGAGUGCAGUGCUCACAGCUCUCAUAGUUGGUCUUGGCGGAAAAGCAGUCGCUACCAAUAGAGGCUCUUCUUUAAAAGGUUUUGUGAAAGACGGACAGAACUCAGCAGAUAUCUCAAUAACAUUAAGGAACAGAGGAGAUGAUGCCUAUAGAGCAAACGUGUACGGUAACUCUAUAGUUGUGCAACAACACAUCAGCAUGGAUGGAAGUCGAUCUUAUAAACUAAAAAGUGAAACAGGCACCGUGGUUUCUACUAGAAAAGAAGAGCUGAUUGCAAUUCUUGAUCAUUUUAACAUACAGGUGGAUAAUCCAGUUUCCGUUUUAACACAAGAGAUGAGCAAGCAGUUCUUGCAGUCUAAAAAUGAGGGAGACAAAUACAAAGUAAGGAACACCAAAUUCUUUAUGAAAGCAACCCAACUUGAGCAGAUGAAGGAAGAUUAUUCGUACAUUAUGGAAACAAAAGAAAGAACAAAGGAGCAGAUAAAUCAAGGAGAAGAGCGACUUAUUGAACUAAAACGCCAGUGUUUGGAAAAAGAAGAACGUUUUCAAAGUAUUGCUGGCUUAAGUACAAUGAAGACUAAUUUAGAAUAUUUGAAACAUGAAAUGGCUUGGGCAGUGGUCAAUGAAAUUGAAAAGCAACUGAAUGCUAUCAGAGAUAAUAUCAAAAUCGGAGAAGAUCGUGCUGCUAGACUUGACAGGAAGAUGGAAGAACAGCAGGUUAGACUUAAUGAGGCAGAAAAAAAAUACAAAGAUAUUCAAGAUAAACUAGAAAAGAUUAGUCAAGAGACAAAUGCACGGGCACCAGAAUGUAUGGCACUGAAAACAGAUGUUACGGCUAAGAAAAGGACCUAUAACGAAGCUGAGGUUUUAUAUAACCGUUCUCUAAAUGAGUAUAGAGCAUUAAUGAAAGAUGAUGAACAGCUUUGCAAAAGAAUUGAAGAACUAAAGAAAAGUACCGAUCAAUCUUUGGAACCUGAACGAUUGGAAAGGCAAAAAAAAAUAUCUUGGUUAAAAGAGAGAGUAAAGGCCUUGCAGGAUCAGGAAAGUUCAAUCAAUCAAGAGAUUGAACAGUUUCAGCAAGCCAUAGAAAAGGACAAAGAAGAACGGGUGAGAAUUAAGCGAGAAGAACUAGAUGUGAAGCAUAUACUGAGCUAUAAUCAGAGGCAACUGAAAGAACUGAAAGAUAGUAAAACCGAUCGACUGAAAAGAUUUGGGCCUCAUGUGCCAGCUCUUCUUGAAGCAAUAGAUGACGCCUAUAGGCGUGGGCGUUUUACCUGUAAACCCAUAGGCCCUUUAGGAGCUUGCAUUCAUCUUCGGGACCCUGAGCUUGCUUUGGCUAUCGAAUCUUGCUUAAAGGGACUUCUGCAAGCCUAUUGUUGCCAUAACCAUGCUGAUGAAAGAGUCCUUCAGGCACUGAUGGAAAAGUUUUAUUCACGAGGGACCUCACGGCCACAGAUAAUAGUUUCUGAGUUUCGGAAUGAGAUGUACGAUGUAAGACACAGAGCUGCUUAUCAUCCAGACUUUCCAACAGUCCUGACUGCUUUAGAAAUAGAUAAUGCAGUUGUUGCAAACAGCCUGAUUGACAUGAGAAGCAUAGAGACGGUGCUUCUGAUCAAAAGUAAUUCUGUAGCUCGCGCAGUAAUGCAGUCUCAAAAGCCACCCAAGAAUUGUAGAGAAGCGUUUACUGCUGAUGGCGAUCAGGUCUUUGCAGGACGUUACUAUUCAUCUGAAAAUACAAGACCUAAAUUCCUAAGCAAAGAUGUGGAUUCUGAGAUAAGUGACUUGGAGAAUGAAGUUGAAAAUAAGAAGGCUCAGAUACUAAAUCUUCAGCAACAUUUGUCUACCCUUGAAAAGGACAUUAAACGCAAUGAAGAAUUUCUUAGAAGGCGCCAAAUACAUUAUAGAGAGUUAAAGGUAAAAAUAACAGAAAGUAUUUCUGAAAUUCGGGAGCUUGAGAAUAUAGAAGAACACCAGUCUGUAGAUAUCGCAACGUUGGAAGAUGAAGCUCAAGAAAAUAAAAUCAAAAUGAAAAUGGUUGAGAAAAAUAUGGAACAACAAAAAGAAAAUAUGGAACAUCUUAAAAAUCUGAAAAUAGAAGCAGAAAACAAGUAUGAUGCGAUUAAACAGAAAAUUAACCAACUAUCAGACCUAGCAGAACCACUUAAGGAUGAAUUAAACCUUGCUGAUUCUGAAGUGGAUAAUCAAAAACGAGGGAAGCGGCAUUAUGAAGAAAAGCAGAAGGAGCACUUGGAUACUUUAAAUAAAAAGAAACGAGAACUGGAUAUGAAAGAAAAAGAACUGGAGGAGAAAAUGUCACAAGCGAGACAAAUCUGCCCAGAACGGAUUGAAGUAAAAAAAUCUGCAUCAAUUCUGGACAAAGAAAUUAAUAGAUUAAGACAAAAGAUACAAGCUGAACAUGCUAGUCAUGGAGAUCGAGAGGAAAUAAUGAGGCUGUACCAAGAAGCAAGAGAAACCUAUCUUGAUCUGGAUAAUAAAGUAAGGACUUUAAAAAGAUUUAUUAAAUUGCUGGAAGAAAUAAUGACUCAUAGAUACAAAACAUAUCAACAAUUUAGACGAUGUUUGACUUUACGAUGCAAAUUAUACUUUGACAACUUACUAUCUCAGCGGGCCUAUUGCGGGAAAAUGAAUUUUGACCAUAAGAAUGAAACUCUUAGCAUAUCAGUUCAGCCUGGAGAGGGAAACAGGGCUGCUUUCAAUGACAUGAGAGCCUUAUCCGGAGGAGAACGUUCUUUUUCCACAGUUUGCUUCAUUCUUUCUCUGUGGUCCAUUGCGGAGUCUCCUUUCAGAUGCUUGGAUGAAUUUGAUGUCUAUAUGGACAUGGUUAACCGGAGAAUUGCCAUGGAUAUGAUACUCAAGAUGGCGGACUCCCAGCGUUUCAGACAGUUCAUCUUGCUUACCCCUCAAAGCAUGAGUUCACUUCCGUCUAGUAAACUGAUUAGAAUUCUUCGGAUGUCUGACCCUGAAAGAGGACAGACUACGUUGCCUUUCCGACCUGUGACUCGUGAGGAGGAAGAAGACCGGAGCUGAUCUGUAGCCGCUGGUGCCACGGGCUGCAUCCUCACGUGGAAGAGUUGUAAAGGGAAACAGUUCAGGAGUCUGUGAUGAAAUAAAAUGAAACUGAAGAUAUUCCGAAAUAAAAGAAGCUCCUUUAUACAUCUGGCCCCAAUAAAAUGUGUAAAUAAAUCUAGAAAGCCUACUACAACCAGCAAUUUAAAAUUACUGUUACUUUACUUUGAGAAAAUUAAUUUCAUAGUACUGGUUUUAAAUCUUUUUUUUUUAAGUUUUUUUUUUAACCAUCUACUUUUAUAGAUUGUUUUUCAGAAGUAAAAUUUUGUACAUAUGUACAUGUACAUAUCUGUUUAGUUUGGGUUCAUUUCUAUGGUAUUUUGUAAGAAUUAAAAUAAAAGUUUGAGCACCUGA